UAGAUUCAUUUUCUUCUCACGAAACAAGAAUCUGAUGCUCUUCGCAAUCGCAAGAACACCCACCCACCACCAUUUUCAUUAACCAGCCAUGGCGGAAGAUCAAUUUCAAGCCACUGGAAACUGGUGGGACAGCUCAACCAGAACCUCCAGGUUCGAAACUGAGGCUGCUCAAUCUUCCUCCUCCAUCCCCAGCUUCGCUUGGCAACAUACAGAUAUGUCUCAUGAUGUCAAGCCGAGGUCUUCCAUGGCUGCCUCACCUCCUUCCUCCGACCCCAACUUGCAUAUGAUGGGUUUAGGCCUCUCUUCCCAACCUCUUGACUGGAAUCAACCCUCCUUUCUUCGAGUUGCGGAGAAAGGUGGGGAGAGCAGUUUCUUGAACACAUCAAGCACGAAUUUUCAGCAAGAAAGUGCGAUGGGGUUGUCUCAGGUUCAGUGGAGGGACAAGUUGUUUUCUACAGAGUCGUCUUCUUCAAUGAACGAGUUAAAACAAGUGAACCGGGGUUUCUCUUUGGAUCAAACGCAGUUUAGUCCUCAGUAUAGUUCUGGAGAUAGUACUGUCACAACCCAAGGCUUGGCCUCAAGCACUAACUUUCAGAUGGAUUUGUAUGGAAACUCGUCCAUAUUACAAGGACUAUUAGGACCUGAUCAUAAUAACAGUCAAGUCCAGUAUGAUCAUCAGAAUCGCCAGGUAAACUUCCCGUACCAGUCAAGCUACGGAUUGAGCACUAACGAUCAGUUAAUGCCUUCAUGGUCUAAAGUUCCUCAGUUUCUGAGAGCUUCACCUCCAAAACAACAACCACCCCAUAAUAACAAUCAGUUGCAUUUCACAAAUAACGCUCCCUUCUGGAACGCUUCUGAGUCUUCCAAUAUUAAAGAUGUUAGAUCUGGCGUCUUUCCCUCUUUGCAACCUCCAUUCCCCUCACCAAGCUUCGAUGUUCAAUUCAAGAAUAUGUGUGAAGUGAGGGAAUCGAGUAGUGUGGCGAAGAAAAGUGGGAGCGAGGCGGCACCCAAAAGGCCUCGGAACGAAACUCCGUCUUCUUUGCCAGCGUUCAAGGUGAGAAAAGAGAAGAUGGGGGACAGAAUCACUGCACUGCAACAAUUGGUUUCGCCUUUCGGAAAGACCGAUACUGCCUCGGUGCUCUCUGAAGCCAUUGAAUACAUCAAAUUCCUCCAUGGACAAGUGACAGCUUUAAGCACACCGUAUAUGAAAAGUGGAGCUCCCAUACAGCAUCAAGAGAGUCCUGGUAAAUCUAAAGAAGGUGAGGGUGGAAAGCAAGAUCUGAGAAGUAGAGGGCUAUGUCUGGUGCCAGUGUCGAGUACAUUUCCAGUGACUCAAGAAACCACGGUUGAUUUUUGGACGCCAACAUUCGGAGGAACUUACAGAUAACCAAUGGUGGCAAAUUGGUGCACGAAACUAGGACAUACCUAUCUUAUCAAACCUGGCCAAGUUGGGGAUGGCAAGAUUUUUAUAACAUCAAAGAAAGAGAAGACACAGAAGCCCGCAUAAAUUUGUAAAGUUGUCACCUCUGUACUUCUGGGUUUUGGAAAGAGAGAGAGAGAGUGAGAGAAAAUGUGAUGAAAGAGAAAGAAAGAUGAAAUGACUCUCCAAAAGAGAGAGAGAGAGAAAGGCCAUUGUUGGGCCAGCCGAAUGCAGAAUGAUGCAGCGUGUGGCAAAAUAUUGGGACCAGUUGGAGCAUAUUAGUUUGUAAUAAUUGAAGAAUUAUAUGCUGGGGGUGGCCAAGUGUGAUUAGGAAGGACAAGGUUGGUCAGUGUAGGGAAUGUUAUUAGACUACACUAGACGGUAAUUUGUUGUUUGUAGGAGAAAAAAGAGGGCUUUAUCAAUUCCUUGUUACUACAUAUAUUGUUAAUAGAGUUGGCACUACCUUAAAAAAAAUCCAAUCUGUAGGAAUAAUUGAGAUAUAGAAUUCAAUACAAGAUUGAGUUAGUGUGA